AUGUUCACUGGAAUUACGCAGGAGCACUACAUCCUGGCGUCUCAGUCCGUGCACCUGCCGCGGCCGACUCAGGGCAGCCCAGGGAGCGCGGCGUACGGCUGGAGGAAGAGGGGGCUUUACUUCCUGCUGCUGCUGCUCCUCGUCACCAUGAUCGUCAAUCUGGCUCUCACCGUGUGGAUCAUCAAAGUCAUGAACUUCUCCACGGAUGGAAUGGGCAGCCUGAAGUUGGACCAGGACGGCAUCCGUGUGGAGGGGAAAUCUGAGUUUGCGUCUCCACUUUAUGUGAACGAGAUUCAGUCCAGAGGGGUAAGUGCUCGACACACGGUGCUUCAUGACAUCCUGUAA